AAAACACAAAUGUGAACACUCGCAGUCUGUUUGACCAGACGGCAUUUCAUCAGCUGCUUCAGACUGCACCAGACCUCCACCUGACAUCUUUAAACACACCUGAGCUUCUUUAACCAUCGCUCCUCUCCCGAAGGAGCCAUGUCUGCAGUCUACCUCCUCCUCCUGCUGCUCCCUCUGGUGUCAGCACAGACCUUUCACUGGGGUCGCUGUCCUACGCCCAAGGUGCAGCCCAACUUCAACCUUCAACAGUAUCUGGGCAGGUGGUAUGAGAUUGAGAAGCUCCCUGCCUCCUUCGAGAAGGGAACGUGCAUCGAGGCCAACUACAGCAUAAGAAAAGAUGGCACUAUUAAGGUGCUGAACUCUCAGUUCUAUAAAGGCAAGGUGAGCGUAGCAGAAGGGACAGCGGUGAUUCCAGAUCUGAGAGAACCUGCCAAACUUGGAGUCAGUUUUUCGUAUUUUACUCCCUACGCCCCCUACUGGAUUCUCUCCACCGACUACACCGGCACAUCCAUUGUGUACUCUUGCACUAGCAUCCUCAACAUUUUCCACAUCGACUACGCCUGGAUCCUCGGCCGAUCGCGCUUCCUGCCUCAACAGAACGUGAGUUACGCCAAAAAGCUGCUGGUGAACGAAGGGAUCGACCUGUUCAGGAUGAAGGCCACCAAUCAGACUGGCUGCACGGAUAACUAGGGAUUCAUGGAGACUGUAUCCAGUCAGAGCACACUGAUUAAGCAGGGCUGAAUGGUUGGUCAACAGUGUUGCAUAAUGAUAAUAUUAAUGAUUGCAGCAAACAUAUCUCACUAUUAUACGCUUUGAUGUCCAUUAUUUUUCCUGCAUCAUCCAGACCUCAUAUUGUCCACCAUAGCCAUGACAAUAGCUAGUUCAAUCUACUGUCCUCAUAAAAUUUUGAAGAUAUUCAUUGAAUCUAUUGUAUUAUGAUAAUCUAAUAGAACAUGAAACAAGCAAAUGUGGUGAUGGCAAAAAACAUGUUGUUGAUCUCUAUGUACAUUAAAGCUCUAUCUAUUAAGC